AACAUAUCACAACAAAGUCUGAAGAACAACGCAAAAGCCUUUCCUAGUCGUAACCGAAACGCCAAACCACUACCGUUCAACUCUCUCUCUCUCUCUCUUAUUAAAAUGGAGAAAGGGAAUGGAUUUGAGGGAGGGAAUAGGAAGGAGAAGACAGCUAAUGAUGGAUUUGUCGGUGGUUUUUUCCCUGUCUCUACCACCAAGAUCGCGUGGAAGUCAAGAAAAAGAUCAGCAUCUGUGAAUCCAGACAAGGCACCAGAAGCUGCUAUGGAACUCACACCAGAGAAGGAUGAGACAACAACAGCAAUGGAAACAGACAAAGUUGGAGAACCAAUGACCACAACUCCUGUUCUGUCCGAGAAAAGAAAGGCUCUGUUUGAGCCACUCGAACCCAUUACUAACUUGAACGGAAAGCGACCAACAGAUGCUGAUUCGCUCUUGCCACCGCCUGAUUUCGAGUCUGCAAACUAUCCUAAAGGGUGGUUGAUCGGUAAGAAGAGGAAGCUGGUGAAUGUUGAUGUGGUUGAGAGCAUGCGAAGAAUCGCUGUCCAAGAAAUGAACAGAAAGGAUCGAGAGAUAGAUGGGUUAAACGAGCAGCUAGAAGAGGACUCGCGUUGCUUAGAGCAUCUGCAACUUCAGCUGCUACAAGAGAGAAGUAAGAGAACAGAGAUUGAAAGAGAGAACACAAUGUUGAAAGAGCAAGUUGAUAUGCUUGUCAACAUGAUACAACAAGAUGAAGAAGUACCAGAAGAACCCUAGCUAGUAUCUUAUCGUAUGUUUUUUAUUCGUUUGUCCAUUAAAAGGGGAGGAAAGAAGCUUUACCACCGUAUAUUAUCUGGUUAAGCUACUGUUAUUGUUUCCUCCUGUUAGAACAAAUAAAGAAUCAAGAACAUUAUGUAUUCUGAGUCAAGGUCUCUGCAAGAUUAUAAACC